AUGGUUGUACCGGAGAAGCGGGGGGUUCCCGCUGACGGGGGACGGCCCGGACCCAAGAAAGUCAAGCACAACUUGUCGGACGAGACAGGCUUGCAGCAUGUUAUCAACAGCCUUGCCCAUAUUGACCUCCCAAAUGACCGUGAUUCCCAAACCGCUGACUCUUCGAGCCAUUCAAAAGCCCGGGCACCCGCAACAGCCACGAAGCCAGCCCCCUCCGUGGGCGCCUAUGACACGUGCUUUGGAUUAAUCUGCAUGCAAGCUACUUCUCGCGGGUUAAUAGUGCCACAGGAGUGUACUCCGUUCACGCUUGAAUUCGAGGGGCACGUGGUGUCCAUUACUUCAAAGGCCACGAAUGAGUGCGUGGCAGUCCUUGUAUCUGAAACGCUCUCAUGUGUAGUUCGCCAGUUUGCUGUGACCUUAGCCGGUACAGUAUGCGGCAAAAAGCCACAGAGGCCCCGUGCCGCAAAUUCAGCUGCAAUGAUCUACGCAAUAGGCCCACAAUUUAUUUCAGUUAGGCUGAUAGUGUACGGAUUCAUGCAGCAAAAGGACGCCAUCGCGAAUGCCCUGGCAGAAGGGGGCCUAUUUUUCCAACAUCCCGGUGAAUGGGAAUUCGACCAAAGUGUAAAGUACCUGAAUCCCCAGUACCUCCUCGGACCUGGACAAGAAAUGCCCCCCCUAGAAGAGCUUUCAGUUGCGACUUGCUGCGUCACUGGUGGACCGCGUUCAGCGCAAGUUCGUGGCCUACUUGACGAAAGUGCAAUCAGUCAAAUCCAGAGAAUAUUCGACACGCCGACGUCGCUUGGAUUGAUCGAAGAGAUUAAACCGAGCUCGAGAUUAACGACGCCUCUAAAGAGGCAUCAAAACGAGGCGUUGGUCAUGAUGAUCGAGAAAGAGCAGGGCAUAUAUGAGAAGGCACACUUUCCAACAAUCUGGAAGGCAUCUAAAAACUCGAGAGAUAGGGUUAUAUACCAAAAUAUCGUAACCGAACUGUUCGAGGUAGCCCAUCCGCCACCCCUUGGUGGAGGUAUACUGGCAGAUGAUAUGGGUUUAGGAAAGACCCUGUCAAGCCUGUCAAUCAUUUGCGACCAUUUGGACCAGCUAGAUAAAACCUCACAUGUUGGGCUGAGAGUUCCAAGGUCUACCUUGAUUGUGACCCCCAAAUCAACCAUUUACGAAUGGGGCAAACAAAUCUCACUUCAUAUUCACCCUGAGAAAGUUCGGUGGAUGAUAUACCAUGGGCCAAACCGACAGGAAACCGCAUGUAACCUGGCCGAGUAUGAUAUCGUAUUAACCACGUACGAUACGCUUAGACCCGAGGAAACGAGGAAAGGCCCCUUGUUUGAGAAUGAGUGGGCCAGAGUGAUCCUUGACGAGGCCCACAGAAUAAGAAACCGCAAUUCAAAAACCUUUACAGCGGUGUGUGGCCUCCGGAGCCAGCGCCGAUGGUGCCUUACAGGAACACCCAUUCAGAAUCGCCUGGAUGAUUUUGGCGCUCUAUUGGCGUUUAUCAAAACACCUUCACUCAGCACUAAAGCGCUAUUUGACGAGUACAUUGCCCGACCGAUUCAGGAAAACAAAAAAAAUGGGUUGAAGAUGCUACAAAAGGUCGUGGCGGCAACUUGCUUGCGCAGGACGAAGGACAAUCACCUCACGGAAUUGAAUUUGCCACGCAAGCUAGAGAAACUAGAAUAUGUCACCAUGGACCGAGACGAUAGAGAACUAUAUGAGUUCUUCAAGCGUUUCUCGUUUCUGUCUACCAAGAGCGAAACGACUACCCAGAAGCAGGCUCCUAAUGUCCUGGCCCUCCUUUGCAUGCUUCGGCUCAUUUGUGACCAUGGGGAGGCCCUAUUGACAAAUCGGGCGCUUAAAGCAUGGAGGGAGCAUGAUCCAAAACUGCUGUCCUUGGGGAUGCUGGAAGCAAAUGUCACGCAGUGCGUCUCCUGCCAUGCCCAAGUGGACGGAGCCAUUCCGGGCAAUAUUACCAUUGAAGAAUUAGGCUGCGGGCAUGUCCUUUGUGACUGCUGCACAGCAGAAGCUCAAAAUUGCGGGAGUCAACCUUCGUGUCCAAGCUGCGGCAUGGCUGGAGAGCUGCCGGCGUCAUUUAAUACUCAAUCAGGGUCCCAAGAAGCAUCAAAGAGUCCGGAAAGACGGCGAUAUCCACCAUCUGCCAAGGUGCAGGCAGUUCUGCACAAUAUCUCGAAAAGGCAGGGACAGGCUGGUUCGAAUGUACAGCCCUGUAAGGCGGUGAUUUUUAGUCACUGGACGAAAAUGCUCGAUCUUAUAGGAAAUACCCUUAACGAGAGGGGAAUGGCAUUCCAACGUAUUGAUGGACACUCAUCCUUGCUUCAGCGCAAGGAUUCUAUCGAGACAUUUUCUAGCGAUCCACAGUGUAGCAUCCUGUUGGCAAGCAUUGGGGCUGCCGGUGAAGGCAUCGACCUCACCAUCGCAAACUCUGUCCAUAUCAUGGAGCCCCAUUGGAAUCCUAUGGUCGAAUCACAAGCAGUUGAUCGUGUGCAUCGUAUUGGGCAGAAACAGGAUAUCGAAGUGGUCAGAUAUGUCGUACAGGAUUCCAUUGAACUUUAUGUUCGCUGGGUUCAGAACCACAAGUUACAGAUGAUAAGGGAAUCUCUGUCGUCGUCGUCCGAACAUAAUGCGGAGACAGUAUCGGAUGUGCGGUGGAAGAAAUUGUUAGAGUUCCUUGAAUAA